AUGAACUGGACAUUCGCCAGACAAGUAGCCAAAGCCUCAAUGAAUGCCAUUUCCAAGGAUUGGUAUCUGAAUGGAGUGAUUGUGUUGAGAAGGGAUGGCAUUUUACAACUAUUCACUUCAUAUCUGAUUAAUGUCUUCAUGAAAGGAGUGACAGUUUCGAUGACCGAUGAGAAUAUUGUGUUGACCACUGAUUUGGUCGACAAUGUGAUCAUUAAUAUGAUUUCUCUAAAUAAAUUGGUUGUCACCCAAUACGUGACCUGUGGGCUCAUAAUUGUGUUCAUUUGGUGCCUAAUGUGGAGUAUAAUAGGAGAAGAGGCACUUCCACCCGACGGAUCGCUUUUCAAUGUAUUGCUAGUGUUUGUGUUGGCAUACAUUUGCGGACAGUUG